CUCUAACACGACAUGAAAGUUUGAGGACUGCAUUGUGUGAGAUUUGUUCGUUAUUCUGAGUGAACACUGAGUGCUGAAAGUCUCAGUGACAUGAAGGCGGGGUUCUGUGACAGGAAGUUCAAUGCUGAAUAAACUAAAAUCAGCAAAUAAAUAAAUAAAUAAAUAAAUAAGUGUGCCUUGGGUCACGUGACUCUCAGGGGAUCAGGCUCACAGUAAUGACGUUGCGAGUCCAAAACAAGAGCAAGAGGAAAACCAAAACUGGACGUAUGUAACUUUCGCUUUCCUUCAGUCUGAGGCUGUAAGUUUCGUUUUCCUGACAAAGGGAAUAAAAGCGCCUCCUAUCGGCCGCGUCCCAAAUCACACCACCUACAGCGCGCAGUUACCGAGCAAACACUGUUUAUUCUCCCAGAGGAGCAGAGAUCUCCACAAACACUCUGAGCGGCAAGACACGCAGAUCUAAAGCAGAUUUAAAGCAGAACUGAAGAGGAAUUGCAAUCCUACAACUUCUUCUGCGCACUUAUUUACUGAAGGCAUUAAAGGGAAUUAAAGGAUCAAACUUUACUCACUAUGGGAGUUCAUGGACUUCAAAGCUACAUCGAGAGCAACAGUGAUUUUCUGAAGACCAGCUGGUUUAGAGAAAGCAAACUCGUCAUCGAUGGAUGCAACUUGUAUUACCGUCUUUACUUCAUGUCUCACCUGGACCAAGCACACGGCGGGGAUUACGAAGACUUUGAGAAAAUAGUUACACUGUUUUUUAAAAAUCUCAGACUCUGCGAUAUUGAGCCCUACGUGGUGCUCGAUGGAGGGACUGACGUCAGUGACAAAAAAUUUGACACCCUGAAGACUAGAUGCCAAGACAAAAUCAGAAGAGCCGAUGCCUUGUCCAGGGGCCGUUCAGGAGACGUUUUACCCAUUCUCACCAAAAACGUGUUCAAGCAGAUCCUCCAGAAACUCAGGAUUCCCUUUAUUCAGUGUCUGGCAGAAGCGGAUUGGGAAGUAGCCGCAUUGGCCAACGAGUGGGCGUGUCCUGUUCUGUCCAACGACAGCGAUUUCUACAUCUUCAGCAACCGGGGCGGAUUUUUGCCCCUCAGUCAUUUCCAGUGGAGGGAAGUGAGUCUGAUGAGAAAGGGUAAAAAAAAAUUCAUCCCUGCCAAGUCAUACCAUGUUCGAAAUCUGUGUACUGCUUUUAAUAGCAUGAAUAAAUAUAAUCUUCACCUUUUUGCCACCAUCCUGGGCAAUGACUACACCAAACUGGACAAGAGUGUGUUUCCAAACUUCUCAAAGUUCUCAACCAGACCUGGAGGAAUCGCCCAGAUCGAUGGCUUACUCGUGUGGUUAUCACGCUUCCCCAACCCAAAGGAAGCCAUCGCUGGUCUCCUCAGGCCCCUGGGGAAGAACAUCAAAUCAGCCAGCAUUCGAAACACAAUAUAUCAGGGAAUGGCAGAGUACAGACUCAAUCCCAGCUCCAUUGCCCAGUUCUUCAUAAGCGGAGAACCUCCGAUCAAGCCUCCAGGCCGUUUACAGAACCUGCCGGACUGGAGUCUGAAACCUCUGGCAGAAGGCAAGCUGGCUUCCUCCGUCAUUGACGUCCUGACACUGCAGAGGCUCAUGAUAAACUUCCAGGUGGAGGAUUUUGGGCUGAGCAGCAGCAGCGAGACGUCUCGGCCGAUACGACAGGUGAUGUACGGCGUACUGUUGUGUACCAGGUGGAAGAAAGUCGGUAAACGCGGCACGUCUUCUGGAGAGAACCAGCAAUACUACGUGGAGGAAUACAACAGGCAGGAAAUAACGCUGCGCAGCUCCAUGGUUCCAGCUGUUCUACCGACACGUGUAGUAACACACCUUCACCUGGACUCACUGUGGGAGACACCUGAGAAUGUACGCCUGCAGGUCCUGUUGGAUGCCCUGUGUGUGUCUCCGGUGUUUAAUUCUCCCAUCAUCCCCGAAAAUCUGCAGCUAGCCGUGUAUGUCACAGGUUUCUGGCUAAAUCAUGCGCAACCCGAACCAACAGCGGAAAUGUUCUGGGCUUUACUCAUCGGCCUGGUCUACGGACACCUGUGCAGAGAACAUCGGACUGCGAUCGGUAAAGAUCAGACUGAGAUACUUAAGGAUCAAACUGAGAUAGAGGCAGACACGGUGAUUUCGAGGUUUAAAAAGCUGCAGGAACGUAAAGGUCAGAAGCUUUUGGACCUGGAGCUGGCUCACGCUUACUGUCAGUGGCAGUCCUGUCUGAAUGACAGCUUCAAUCUGAACCGGCUACUGAAUCAUCCCGUCCCUGAGCCGGAGUUAGCAUGGUUGUACAGAGGCUCUCUGGUGCACACCGUCGCUCAGGAGUUGAUGGAGGGCGUCGAACCUGAGUCUCUUCUCACCGGAGCCUCUAUCUCCGUGGAUCUUUACCGAAAUCUCCAGGCCGCAGUGGAGCGCGAGCUGGACGAUGACUUCAUCGUGAGAAUGAGGACGAGGACGGGGCCGAGAGCGCGAAGGGCGUGGAACGAUCCAGCAGACGAGCUGAGCAAAAUGUUCAAACAUCUGAUGGCUGAUGAAGACGACGAUGAUGACGGUGACAAUAUUUUCGAGGAAACCUGCAGCGUUCGCACCAGACACGUAAGCCGAGCUCGCACGGAGGAUCCGAGAGCCAAGAAAUACGAGCUUGUGAAGUGGUGUUAGAUACGACUGAAUCAGGAAAAAAUCGAAAAUAGGAAAUUAUUCCCAGGAUAUCGCUUUUAUUUAGAUUUUAAUGAACUGUGUGUUUUAAUUGUGGAGCAUCGCAUGAAUUGUACCAGACUUGUGUUUACUCCUUAAGGGGAUUUGCUCUGACUCGGGUCUGCAUCAGCAUGUGUGUGUGAAGUGUUUUCAAGAUUUAUCAGCAAUAUUUACUGAGCCACAGCAGCCUCAUGAUAAAAUAAGCACUAAACAACUAACACACAAAUCACAAAUCACACAUCGUCGUCCAUCUGCAUUCAUGAACCAGCAGAGUUUCUCCAGUUAUAUUUCUACUACACAGAAAUAUCAAGCUCUAUUCUAAUCCUUUCACUUUUAGUGAAUGUAGAAGGACCAGAGCUGUCACAAAUACCAAAGCAAGAGGCUUUUGUAAGACUAAUCCCAAAUCUGACCAGAUCUGAGCAGAAUAUUAGUCAUAAUUAAUCCCUUUUCUUUUUCACUAGAGUUCUUUUUUCUCCAUUUAUAAAGUGUUCAAACAAACAAAAACCCAGACGUGUAUUAUUGUAUUAUUAUUAUUUGUAUUGUAUGAUAAUAUUUUUUGUUUUUUAAACAAUAUUAGAACAGAUAUCUACAUUAACAACCCCAAAAACCCAUUCACAUGACAAGUAAUGUAAAUAUUUAUUAUUACUGUAAUAUUAUUUCAUAUUUUAUUAUUGUAAACGAUUAGGGUUCGCACUGCUGUGUUGUUCCGCGUUCAUGUUCUGAUAAUGACGGCUGUUUAUGAUAACGUUAAUACUUUACAUCAGUGUUGUUACGCCACGGCCAGCAGAUGGCACUGCGGCACGGCUUCUGACUGGUCACGUGACUUGUUUUCGUUCGCUUCCCGCUUGGACGUUGAAUUAAGUUUGAUCAUGUCUCUGAUUUGCCCCAGGUGUCCAUGUUUUGGUUUGAUUAGGUUUGCUAUUUAAACCCCCCGUGUGACUGCGCACUGCGCGCAGUCUUAUAGUUGGUGUAGUUUGUUGCCAAACGGCUGAUGCGGGUCCCGGUUAUGUUCGAGUACGAUAGUGAAUGCGUUAGCAUGUUACGCGGUCUGGUUUCAUGCCCUGCUCUAGUUUCAAGCCACGAUACCAGUUUCUUGUUUUCCUGGUGAAGACCGCGUUUCCUGUGUUUGUUUGUCUACUGUUAAUAAAGACUUUGACCUGCACCUGCA